UCUCUUGUGGCUGGACCUGGAGAUCAAAAUUGAGUUUCUGAGUUGUAGGGUUUUCAAUAUUUCUCUUCUUGUUGUUAAGUGUAUACAAGAAUGACUACUGAUCGUCUCUCUACCUCAUCCGUUGCCGCUGCCGUUGCCGAUCAGGAUUCGGGUAUGGGGGAUUUAUCUUUGUGUCAUGAUUUGUUGUGCAAUAUUUUGUUUAGAUUAUCACACAAGGAUUUGCUGAAAUGCAAGAUGGUGGCCAAGUCAUGUCAUCAAAUAAUCUCUCAUGUUUGGGUGCGGAGAUUUUGGUCGCGGGUUCCUCUUUUGGGUCUUUACUUCUGCACUCUGCCCCAACCUGAUGAUCCGGAUCAUCAAAUCAUCUUUGUCUUCGUACAAGAUUAUGGCUUCUUGGAGAAGUCAGUGCCUGAUUUCUAUGAUUUGGUUCGAAGUCAGAAACGCAAUACCUCCGAUAAUCACCUGGACUGUUGUAAUGGGUUAGUUUUGCUGUACAAUCCAAGCACUUAUCAGUUUUGUGUGUGCAACCCCAUCACCAAACAACAUGCAUCCAUACCUACAACAUGUUUACAUGAGAAUGAGUAUUUUUGUGCUGCCUUGGCUUUUGACCCUAUUGAAUCAAAUCACUUCAGAGUUGUUCGAAUUGAUUAUUCCCGACAACUGACUUCCUUGAAAUCAACCUCAACCCCGUUGGACAUGGUCAUGGACAUAUUUUCGUCGCAGUCGAGGAAGUGGGUUCGACAUGGGUUGCAACUCGACCCAAUGUUUAUUGAGGGGUUCAAAACUUUCAAGCUUUGCAGGCAUUUUGUAUACUUGCUCGGGGUGUUAUACAGCCUAACUAGUUCAGGGAAAAUUUUGUGUAUUGACCUCAAUACUAUUAAAGCUCGUGCCUUUGAUCUCCCUCAUGGCCCUGAGGAUGAUGAUGCUGAUGAUAAUAAGAUGGGUGCAACAACAAUGGGAAUGGGAUGUCUUGGGAUCUCAAGGGGCCUUGUUUGUUAUGUAAAGCGUGAUAGUUCAAAAACUUUUCAGUUUUGGUCUUAUGAUGAUCGACAAUGCACAUCUGGAUCCGGUGGUGAUCAGUGGACUCUCAGACAUAGUGUUUUAGACGAAUACCUGAAAGGUCCGGUUAAACCUUACGCAAUAAGUCCAAAUUCUCAUGUCGUUUUCUAUGGCACUUUAAAUUGGAUCGGCAGUUACAAUUUUGAAAACCGAAGUGUGGAACGCCUCGGUAAAGUAAGAUUGACAAUAGCUUCACCUGGUUAUCACUCUCCUUUCUUUACACUACGUCCUUGCUUGAUACCUUUCUACUGUUUGGGUGAGAGGAAUGCCUGCUCUACUCCAAUAAUACCAGAAGGUGUCGCCAAAGGAGUAGAGAUUCUGAGUGCGGAAGUAGCAUGUCAAUGUGAUGAACAAAAACAUAGAGAAUUUGAAUGGGUGAUCAUUAAUAACUCAUGCUCUAUUGAGAACAAAUCGCCGUUUGUUUUUCCUAGUGAAAUGCAAUUAUGUGCAGAGAUGGAGGAAAUGCAACAACCCUAAGACUCACCCACAAGACGCAUAACCCCACCCCAAACUCUCCGCCAGUCCACAGCCUUCUUACCUCAAAGACAUCAACCCUAGAAGUAGAAGGUUGACUAAAUUAGGCAUCAACCCACAAGUAUUGUCAUGAUUUGUGGUUAUUUAUUUGAUUAUUGUAUAUGAUUUGGAUCAUAGUUUGAUGCUAGCUUUGUCUAUUUGUUAGUACUAUUGGUUUUAAUUUGAAUUAGGUUCAUAAUUGAUCUUU